UUAGACCGAGGUUGGAUGGAAGCAGGAAUCUGAUGAGGGAGGUAGAAAAGAGAAGGAAGGAAGGUGGAAUGGAAGAGAGAACAUCUGCAGGACAAGAGGCCAGAAAGCUAGAUUAGUGAGGGAAAUAGCAGAGGGUAAGGAACAAGGGAACAAGGUCUAGAUAUCUAUAUCUUCUAUAUCUAGAAGGCAGAGGUUGAAGACAGCACCAUACACCCGACUGCUGCUGGAACAUCUAGUUGCUUUUGAUCUUGUUAUAUAUGGAUGCUCAGUUCAUGAAGACUCCAUAGUGUGAGGCUCUCUUACUGCUCCUUCCCCCACUCAUACUUCCAAGGGGGGGGGCUUUAUUGCACCAGAAGAGUGUGAAGAGAGGUGGAUUUCUCUGUUUGGGACUAGUUACUAACGCUCGUAAGACGUCUUGAAAUCAGACCAGCCUGGAAAGUGUCCAGAGAUACGACGGAUAAGCCUUUGCCUCUCCUCCUGGUGUGAUUUUCCCUACCCUACGCUGCAGAGAUGGAUCAAUUGUUGGAGGUCAAGAUCGGCUGCCUGGCAGGUCUGCUGGUGGUCACGCUCAUUUGUGGCCUCAUCCCGGCGCAGGUUAAAUGGUUCCAGAGCAACAUGGCCAGAGGGAAGCAUCGGCGCAUCCUCAGUUGCAUAGGCUGUUUUGCCGCCGGAGUGUUCCUUGGCGCCUGCAUUAUGCACAUGGUGGCCGACGCACUGGGGGACAUCCAGGAGGAACUGAAAAAGAGACGGCAGCAGGGAGCUUCUAUGCAUAAGCAGAACAGCACCUCUGAAGGUGAUGAUGAUGAUGAGAUGUACCCAUUUGGGGAGCUCGUCAUCUCAGCCGGCUUCUUCCUGGUGUUCCUCAUUGAGAGCGUGGUGCUCCAUUGUUGCCCCAAGGCCGUGCACUCCCAUGGCGACCACAACACCGAAGAGGAUCAGAAGGACCCACCGGAAUCCCACAGCUCUUUCCGGGCCUUCGUGCUGUUCCUGUCACUCUCCUUCCACUCGGUCUUUGAGGGCCUCGCCAUCGGCGUCCAAAAGCAGGAGACGGCCGCCAUUCAGCUUUGCCUGGCGGUGCUGAUCCACAAAGCCAUUGUGGUCUUCAGCCUGGCUUUGAAGUUGGUGCAGAGCGGCACACCGGCCCGGUGGAGGUUGCUGUACUUGGUGGUGUUUGCUCUGAUGUCUCCCGCUGGCAUUGGUGUGGGGAUUGGCGUCUCCCUCUACAACAGUGACGGGACCAGCCUGGCUCAGGCUUUGUUGGAAGGGGUGGCAGCGGGGACCUUUCUCUACGUCACCUUCCUGGAGAUCCUCCCCUACGAGCUGCGCUCACACGAAAGCCCCCUCACCAAGUUCUUCUUCAUUGGGCUGGGCUUCUCCAUCAUGGCCAUCAUUGCCAUUUGGGCAUGAAAGAGUGGCUCUUCUAUGUUCUCCAUGAAAGCCCGUCACAACGGCACUCAUAGACUCUUUCCAGAACCUCCUCUUAUCAGCCAUGAGGGCUGUCACCUCGGGUGGUGCUAUAGAUAUACAUAUGUGCUAAGUGAAGCGGAAUAACCAGCAACCCACAUGGAUGAAAAUGCAAGAUAUAUGAAGCAAUGGAGCUUGAGCGACAAAUACAUCAUUUUUAGCUUUGCUUCCUGAACUACUGGAAAUCCACAACCAUCAGCACCAUAUCCUAGCAGCAGUGAUAAUUAACACAGCCAAGAGACCUAACACAAGCAAUGACAUCACUUCUUCCAAUCGUUGUGAAAGAUGAAAUGUACAGUAUGUAGGGUCUUCCUGCAAGGAACUCCGGAACAAGUAGGAUAUUGGCUAAGGGGUAAAUGGGACAUUUUAAAAGAGGCUGUUGGGUUUUGUGUAUGUGGAUGGAAAUAUACACUCAGUGUUUUGUUUUGUUUUGUUACCCUUUUGUGUGUCUUUGGGGAAGGUAUGUGUGUGAAGGAUGUUCCUACAUGUGUGAGGAAGAGUGUGUGUGUGUG